GGAACACACAAACAAAGAAGUAAACGUGUGAAAGGGAAUUGACCCCAUGCUUGAGAUGGGGAACCAGUGGUUGAGACAUCUCUGAUCUCUCUGCUUCCUCAUCGAUUUUUUUUUUUUUUUUUAUCAAUAAAUAAAUAUUUGAUGCUUACUCUAUUUUCCCUCUGUUUCUUGCUUGCAAGAAACGAUUUUUAUUGAUGGGUUUUAGGCUAAACAUCAAAUGGGGCGGUCUCUCAGUUCAAUCGCCUCUCUCCACAAGUUCAUCAUCUUUGCCUUCUUCAUAUUCUUAUAGAGGCAGGGAUAGUUCGUGUAUUUUGGCAAGAGUGUCUGCAGCAUCUGUCCUAUAUAGUGAGGCCGAAACUCAAAAUGAUACUUCGCGGGCGCAAGUUUCCUCGUCUUCCCAUCAGCUUCUGGAGAAGUAUUUCAUGGAAACUCGAGAAUUAAAGGUGGCGCUUGGCAAAGGGUCUGGAGAUAGUAGUGUGUACAGACUACUUGAUACUGACACUCGGAUUUCUAGCAACGGGGAAAACUCGACAUCCGUUGCCAGCUCACGAGCAAUGCAAACAUCACAGUACAGAUUGUUGAUGAAAAAUCUUGAUGUGUUGGAGUACAUGUUUGCUGAUUCUGAUGUGGUAAGGUUGGAACGAGAUAUUCUGGAGCAAUUAGAAAGACUUGGAGCUUUAAGAUUGUUCCGUUCGUUUCAAUCCAGGACCUUAAUAUCUUCGACUUCUUUUGAUGUGUCUAACGCUCCCACUGAGAAUGUUGACGAGCUCAGGGCAAACGAUUCAGUGGAGAAUCACGCAGGCAAGGUGGUUGUUCGGUCUGGAAAGAAGGAAGUCAGAAAAUCGAGAAGAAAUAGAGCGUUGGAGAAGGAAAGUGCUGCUCUGCAAGAAUUGCCAACGGAAGCCUUCUCAAACAAUCUCCAGAGGCCUAAAUUUGCGCUGCCUAGAAGAAACUCGAGGUCCAGAAACAAAAAGCUCAAGAUUGCUAGGAACGAGGCAGAAAUGUCGAGUGGAGUUAAGAUGGUUGCAGGAUUGGAAAAACUGAGGAUGAUGCUGGAAAGAGACGCCGGUAAAACGCCUAGCUUGAGUAGCUGGGCCGAAGCUGCUGGAGUUGAGAGGAACGAGCUGCAACGUCAGUUGCAUUAUGGUUGGCAUUGUAGAGGCGAGCUUUUGAGAAGCACGCGCUCCUUGGUUUUGUUUAUUGCAAGAAAUUAUUGGGGACUCGGAGUAGCAUUUGAAGAUCUGAUUCAGGCGGGAAGGAUAGGUGUGCUGCAAGGUGCAGAGAGAUUUGAUCAAUCAAGAGGGUACAAAUUUUCAACCUACGUCCAGUAUUGGAUUAGGAAGUCGAUGUCAACAUUGGUGGCGAGACAUGCCAGAGGAGUCCGUAUCCCUUGCACUUUAAGCAAGGCCAUAAAUCAAGUGCAUAAAGCACGAAAGUCCCUUCGUAGGAGCAACGGAAAAUAUCCAGACGACUGUGAAAUCGCUAAGUUUACUGGUCUGACCGUAGCUAAAAUCGUCUCGGCUAGCAAAUGCCUCAGAGUUGUGGGAUCAAUCAAUGAGAAAAUAGGGGAAUCCACCAGCACUAAGUAUAUGGAGAUCAUACCAGAUACAUCGACAAUAACCCCCAAAGAGGCGAUUCUCAGACAACAUAUGAUCAAGGAUGUACACACACUUCUCAAUGGCUUAGAUUCAAGAGAGAGAGAGGUAAUAAUCCUGAGAUUCGGAUUAGGUAACAGUCAGUGCAAAUCGCUCGAGGAAAUAGGAAGGCGUUUCAAUGUGAGCAAAGAGUGGAUAAGAAGAAUAGAGAGGGCUGCUCUUACAAAACUGAGAAAUGAAGAAUCUCUCAAAAUUUUGAACCACUAUGUAUAUCUGAGUAGUUAGUUCUUAUCAUAAAUAUGAGUUGUUGAUGUAGAAACAUUUUUAAGUUUCUUGUAUAAAAUGGAUUGAUUAUAGAUGAAA